UUCUGCCUCCAACCGCAUCGGAGACCCUGCUAUCGCCACUCACGUUAUCGAUGAAGUGGAAGAAGGUGUUCUCUGUGGACCCGUAGACGUCAUCGAUGACGUCACUUCCGUUUCCCCUAACCAUGGAGGGAACUUUACUAUUGGCCAACAGGCGACUGUCACGUGCAAAAACGGACAGAACGUUACGCUACAGUGUCAGAAGAACGGAACCUUCAACAUUCCCACACCUUACUGCAGUAUACGUACAGAGAUGGGCCAUGGACAGAGCGUGUUGGUGUGGGCUGUGCCAGUUUCCAUUAUAAGUGCCGUACUUCUUGUGAUCGUGGUUGCUGCUUUCUUCAUCUUCAAGCGUAGGAGGGCUACAAAACAGCGAGGAACCUCCAAUGACGAAUGCGAGAUGGUCGACCCACAGGACUCCCGUCUGCCGACCAGGAGUCCACACGCCCCGGCGACAGUUUCUCCACGACCCGGGGCAUCUGAGACCCAAUCGGCGGGCUCUGAGUACCAGGCGCUGGACCCAAGGACCAUGUGUGAUACUGAUAGUGACUACACAAGUCUACGAGACUAUGAGGUUGCGUACGAUCCCGAAUACGAGAACACGUUUGGAAAGGCGUAUGAAAAUGCCUGAUUAUGUCAAGUAGAUUUUGUAGCCGCAGAUUGACAUUCAGGUCAAGUUGGCAGUCUAAGACGACCCAGACUUCGGCCCCUAAUACGAGAACACAUUCGAAAAGGUGUAUGAAAUUGCCUGAUUAUUUUAAUCAAUUAUAUUUUGUAACCGCAGAUUGACAUUAAGGCCAAGUUGGCAGUCUGAACUGUCUCCACAGGUUGGGUUUACUUGGGGUUUAUCCACUUUUGUUAUAACAAACUCUCAUCCUGUAAGGUUACUAUCCUAAAAGUACAAUUUAGCCAUUUUGUCCAUAUCAUCAAAGAGCUAUUCUUUUCUAGGGGCAUCUAGUUUGAAUCAAAAGUGCAAAAAAGUAGCCGAGGCCUUUUCCAAGUGAUUAGAUUAUAAGUUGUUUAAUUU